GACAAUUAAAAUUAAAAAGACGUAACCUUACGCAAUGAAAAUGAUUCUUAAAUUUGUUUUGCAUGCAUUAUUCGUAUGUUUCUUUACAGGUGUUCACUGCCAGGUAAAGCUGGAAGAAUCUGGCGGCAGAGCGGUGACACCCGGAGCCAGCCUGCAACUGAACUGCAAAGCCACCGGGUUUGAUUUUGGCCCGGGUAGUGAUUAUGGUAUGAACUGGGUCCGACAGCAGCCCGGGAAGGGGCUUGAGUGGGUCGCCUACCAUUAUACUAGCAGUGGUGGUACAAACUAUAUCUUUUACUCCCCAUCGGUCCAGGGCAGGUUCACAAUUUCCAGAGACGUUCCUCAACGACUUCUGCAUCUGGACAUGAAGAACGUAAAAACCGAAGACACCGGCACGUAUUACUGUGCGAGAGGCACAGUGAGAGAGAACUGUGACAGGUCCCUACAAUAUCCUGUCUGUCCACUGCUGGGUAGAAUGGGUAAUAUAAAAACUACAGGAGAAGAAUGUGCCAUGGAGAACAGGCUUACAGCAAAGUUUGUGAUUGAAUUGAUUGAUCUAGGAGAUACACUUUAUACCAUCUUUAUGAAAAUAUGCUUAAGAGAUUUACAUACUGAGAUACGUGAGCUAGAGAAUAAUAUUUCUGCAUCAAGUUUAUUCUCUAAGUAUAUAUCUGAUUAUGGAAAACUGCUUGAGAAGUUCUCUAAAUUGGAUGAGAGCUUUGAGAAAGCUAAAAGGCAUAAGCUGAAUAGAGACAGCAAUGAUUAUAGCAACGGCCAGAUUUUCACCUGGCCAAAAGUAAAACAUAACCCUGAGACUGUUAAGAAUGUCACUUUUGUUCCAAAUAGACAAUCUAACCACCUGAAUGAACUGGAUGAUGUCACUGUGCCUUUAAAUCUUGUGCAACAGAGUAAUCCACAGCCUGAUGGUAAUGGGCUUCAUCAAAAUUGA